CCCCGCGAAGCCUCGUGUGCGGAUUCGAACCCCCCGCACCCGGCGCCGUCUGUCCGCCAGUCAGCCUCCGGGACUCGAAGGUAGCAGACGACGCCCUCCGCCCUCCUCCUCCUCCUCGCUCAAGAUGGCUGAACCUGUACGCGUGUGUGUGACUGGCGCAGCCGGCCAGAUCGGCUACUCGCUGGUCUACAUGGUGGGCUCAGGCGCUGUCUUCGGCCCGGACACCCCAGUCAUCCUGCACCUCCUGGACAUCACCCCCAUGAUGAAUGUCCUGAAUGGAGUGUGCAUGGAAAUCAGCGACUGUGCCUUGCCCUGCGUCAGGGACGUGAUCCCCACCGAUGAUCCGGCCGUCGCCUUCAAGGACAUUGAUGCCGCCUUCUUGGUGGGUGCCAUGCCCCGCAAGGAGGGCAUGGAGCGCAAGGACCUGCUGGCUGCCAACGUAAAGAUCUUCAAGACUCAGGGCCAAGCUCUCGACCAGCAUGCCAAGAAGAGCGUGAGGGUGCUCGUCGUGGGCAACCCUGCCAACACCAAUGCCCUUAUCUGCGCCAAGUACGCUCCUUCUAUCCCCAGGGAGAACUUCUCUGCCAUGACCCGUCUGGAUCAGAACCGAGCUCAGGCCCAGAUUGCCAGCCGUCUCGGGGUCCCGGUGAACGACGUCAAGAACGUGAUCAUCUGGGGCAACCACUCCUCCACCCAGUUCCCAGACGCUCGCCAUGCCGUCGCCAGCAUCAACGGGCAGGAGGUCCCUGUCUACGACGCAAUUAAGGACGAUGCCUUCUUGAAGGGCGAGUUCAUUACAACUGUCCAGAAACGCGGUGGCGCUGUCAUCGCUGCUCGUAAGCUGUCUUCCGCCAUGUCUGCUGCCAAGGCUGCUUGCGACCACAUGAAGAGCAUCUGGCAGGGCACCGCUGACGGCCACUUUGUCUCCAUGGGAGUCUUCUCUGACGGUUCCUACAACACCCCUGAAGGCGUCAUGUACUCCUUCCCCAUCACCAUCAAGGAUAAGGCCUGGACUAUCGUGAAGGAUCUUCCCAUUGACGACUUUGCCCGCGAAAAGAUGGAUGCCACAGGAAAGGAGCUCUGCGAAGAACGCGAUGAUGCCCUUGCCGUGUGCCAGGAUUAGGAAGUCGCGGCAGCUAAACCCAGGCUCUGAGAUAGACCAUCUAACUAUACACAUUGUUUAAGAAGUAUAUAUAUAUAUAAACAUAUAUGAACAUGACUUUGCUCAAGAAACAACCACAGUACUAAAAUGGGUUUGUGCAAAGAGACCCAACAUAAGAAGAAUAUAGACAGCGAAAGAUCAUGUGUUUUGAGAAGCGAGAGGUGUAAUGUCCGACCAUAAAUGUUGGUAUGCAAGGAAUCUACUUGUUGACCCUUCAUUGUGGUUUAAUUAUGUUGGUUUUUGUUUUUUGAUUAUGUGAAGAGACGGGAGAUUGAAUUUCUUCAGUAUGUCAUCGUAGCCAGUUUAUGUAGGUACCUCAGAAGAGCUUGUCCUGCGAAUGUUUCUUUUUAAAGCACAGUUUGUUUUGUGGUUCAGUAGUUUGUCUUGUCACUCUUCCUGAAUUUUAGUCGUUUAGAUCAUUAUGUACAUACACCCUUCAAGAACCUUUUCAUUACAUAGAUGAUGUAGUGUGUAUAUAUACUGCUUCCUUAGUAACGUGCAGAUACCAGGCAUUUGUUACCAUGGAAGUGGUAUAAUCUCAUCCUGAGUUUAACUGCCACCUGAUAUUGAUUUAAUUACAUUUCAAAAUGUAUGAUUUAAACAACUGGAAUGUAUAUGAAAGUUGUAUUUGUGGGAUUUUAGCACUGUUAUUGUUUUGUUAGGCAAAGCGGAAGUAUGAACUUAGAAACAUAAAAUGAUAAAAAAUGAA